CUCUGCCAGCCGUCCACACCAUGGCCUCCGCCUCUGAGCUCGCCUAUAUCUACUCUGCCCUCAUCCUCCACCCUGGCAAGGUGGUGGUCAUGGAGGAUAAGAUCAGCGUCCUCAUUAGUGAAGCCGGCACCAAUGCUGAACCUUUCUGGCCUGGCUUGUUUGCAAAGGGCCUCGCCAACGUCAGCACUGGCAGUCUCGCCGCACCAGCAGGCGGUCCUGCCUUCUCCACCACUGCUGCCCCAGCUGAGGAGAAGAAAGUGGAAGAAAAGAAGGAAGACUCCAAGGCUUCUGAUGACGACAUGGGCUUUGGUGUUUUUCACUCAAUAUUUUGUUAACAUGCCCAAUAAAAAGAUGAA